CAGCGCUCACUCACCGCCUCGCGCGUUGGUAGGGCACACCUCUACCACGCCGCGAGCGGCAUGCACGCGAUCGUGAUGGAGGCCGCCGGUGGCGGCGAGCUCUUUUCGCGCGUGCUGGCGGGGCUGACGGAGGCCGAGGCUCGGCCCAUCUUUGGGCAUAUGGCCGCGGGCGUCCUGGAGAUGCACACCCGUGGGGUGGCGCACCGUGACCUCAAGCUCGAGAAUGCGGUCUUCGACGCGGACGGCGCGCUGCGCUGGAUCGACUUUGGGCUGGCAAAGGUCUUUGAUGCGGCCCUCAGCGAGACCGAGCGGAGCCCGAGCGCGGCCGCGCGCCAACCCGCUGCCGGGGGGCUCUUCAGCGCAUGCGGCUCCGACUCCUACCUCGCCCCCGAGGUGUACGCGCUGCGCAAGAGCAACACCUCUGGCUCUGCGAGCAGCCUGGUGCCGGGCUACGAUGGAUACGCUGCGGAUAUGUGGUCGCUCGGGAUCUGCCUGUUUGCGAUGGUGGCGGGCAUAUUUCCCUUC